AUGGGAAACCGACGCUUCGGAAAGGGCGUAAAGGUCAUCAUCAAGGCUGGCAACGUCCCAGCCAUCAUCAAAGAGGCCAGUGGUGAAAAGACCUGGGUUGUUCAUCCCGUCAACGAGGAAGGAAAUGAAAUCCCUUCCGAUGUCAAAACGUUGAAAUCACAACAAUUGAGACACCUCAAGCCCGAGGAAGCAUUCCCCGAAGCCAAGGUGCCACCACACCAACCAAAGCCAAAGCGCAAGGACAAACGGUCGGCAGCCAAGAAGUCUUCAUCAGAAGAAGCGACACCUCCACCUGUGGCAGUCAUCGAGCCUCCCAAUCCACCCGCUGCAGCCAUCGAGCCUCCCAAUCCACCUGCAGCCAUCGAGCCUCCCAAUCCACCCGCGGCAGCUGUCGAGCCUCCCAAUCCACCCGCAGCAGCCAUUGAUCCCCCCAUGGCUCCGUCCCCACCAAAACAGCGACAGAAUGCGGAUUCCAAAUCUGAGAGCAGCGAUGAGAGCGACGACGAGGAACUUCUCAUGGCUGGAGUCAAUCGUCGGCGUGCAAAACUGGCAGCAAGGAAGGAGGAGGAACAACAUCCAAUAUCGCUCGACUCAUCAUCUGACCAUUCAUCCAUCCAACCUUCAGACCAUGUAUCAAUCAAAUCAUCCAACACUGAUCCCAUCCAGUCAGAGGAGCAUGUAUCCGUCCAGUCAUCCAACCAUUCAUUUAUCGAAGCAAGAAGCGUAGGAGGAAGCAUCACCAGCGUUCCCGGCAACCUUGACACCAGCGUCAGUGAAGACUCUGGCGACGAAGAGGAAGCAGACACGGAUCAAAGGCUUGACGAAGAUAUUCCCAGACACACCGACGUUGAUCUUGUUGAUGAAGAUGGCCAGCCAGUGAUAGAUCCCAACGACUUGCUAAUUGUUGGAGGGAUGGAGGAUGAAGACAAGUAUGCCAAGAAAUGGCGCGAGUACGAGGAAGACAAGGCUCGGCUGAUUCGGGAAGGAUGGACCGUGGAAAGGAAGGCUCCAAUGUCACAGUGCAUUGACAUUGGAGAGAUGGUGACGGAGCGACAUGGCCGAAAGCGGUCUGGAGAGAUCAUUGCCAGCGAUCGCGAGGAAGGUGGACCGCCAACUUGGGAAGUACAAUUCGAUGGAGCUUCGACGACAGAAUCGAAGGUGCCAUCCACUGCUUUGACGCUUGUACGGGACAUGAGAAGGAUGACUUGGAAGGCCGUGGAAGACUCUCAUCCAGAAGAAUCUGCUGUUCCUUUCCAAGUUAAUGGAGUCGUUGUUGUGGCCUGGCAACUGGAGAAAGCAUCUCUAUAA